UAACAUAUACACACUGUACGUGCCCGACGGUGGGAAAGUAAACCGACAUCUUUUUACGACCGCCGAGAGUUUUGCAAUCAGAAGAAGUCGGAGAGCCGAGCCGUGUCGAUCGGUGAGCCCUUUGAUAAGCCAGAGAGAAGGGAGCAGCUCAGCUCUCUGCAGAGAAACGGAGAAAAAGAGAGGAACAGGUUGCCAACGCGCAACGAAUUUGGAAAUCGAGACAGCCAAAAGUGCGUGAGCCCCCGAAAAACCUUGCAUUUAUCUUGGGUUUCCAGCCCAAACCCAUGAGCAGCUGAGCCAGCGGCAGCAGCUAAGACGGAAACCAGACUUCCAGCCUAAACACACCAGCCGACCCGAAGCCAGAUCCAAAUGAAAACGCUAGUGCUCAGUCCGGAUGACCUGCAGAACUUCAACAAGUUCAUCUAUGACCCCAAGUCGGCAGCCCAGCUGGCCGCCAGUGCGGGAGCCAUUGGAGCAGCGGCGGCGGCGGCAGCAGCGGUCCAUGGUGGUCCCCCCGCUGGCACCACAGUUCAGCUGCUCCAAGGCGGAGUCGGUGGUUCGGUGAAUCCAGGCGUAGUGCCCGUUUCCGUGCCCGUUCCCACCAGCACAGCCAACAGUGCCAACAAUCUGAUGGCGCUGCACUACUACCUGAAGCAUCCGGGUAUCCAGCAGAUGCCACAGAUCCCACAGCAGCAGCAGCAGCAACAUCAGCAGCAGCAACACCACCAGCAGCAUCAUCAGCAACAGUUGCUUGCCCAGUCGCAGACGCAGCUGAAACAGCUGCAGCUGAAGCAGCCAACGAUCCACCAGCACCAGCAGCACAUCAGCUAUCAUCACCACCAUCCGUACUACCAGCAGCAGGUGCAGCAGGCGGUGCCACCGCAACCGCAGCCUCUCAAGAGCCAGCCGCAGUCGCACCUGCCCGUGCACGCCCUCAAUCAGAACUCGAACUUCUCGGCCGCGAGCAGCAGCACGGGCGGCACUGCCUCCAGCCAUGCGCCCACCCAGCAGUCGAACGGUUCCAGCGUCUCACCCACCAUUGUGUCGCGCGUGGCGGCCGUUGGGGCGCCCAGCAGCAGCAAUAUUGCCGCCGCGGCCAAUGCCCUGCUACGCGCUUCGGCCGCCUCCACAGCUCCGAGCUCCUCCGCCUCAUCGUCGUCCUCGUCCGCGUCGUCCUCGUCGUCGAGCUCCUCGUCCAGCAGCUCCUCCUCCAGCGCCAGCAGCUCAGCGGCGAACUGCGCCAAGAAGCUGAAGACGGAACCGGUGCUGUCGCAGUACAAUCAAACGGAGCGGCUCAACUUCGCCAACACGUAUAUCGUGUGGAGCGAGGAACACUGGCGGCGGGUGAUAUUCCACGACGAGCGCAGGUUUAACCUGGACGGACCCGAUGGCUUCUCGUACUAUUUCCACGACUUGCGCAACUACGAGCGCACGCUGUCGCAGCGGCCGCGCGGCAACUCGGUGUACAUUUACCUGAUGGUCUGCGUGGGCGGAGCCGUGCAUCUGGAGGUGUCGUCCGCCAAACAGCGACCCGAGUCCUGCAUCGAGGCCAUCAUGCGGGAGCGGCCGAAUAUCGUUAGCAAACUGGGCGGCAAUUCGGAGUUUGUGCUGCAGGAUCACAACUGGAUGUCGCACGCCCUGCCCACCGCCCAGGAUCUGCUGAAUUCGGAGGGCCUGAAGACCCAGAAGUGGCCCACCAUCGCGCACGAUCUGAACAUCAUGGAGAACGUGUGGGGUUGGCUCAUCCGCGAGGUCUUCGACGGCGGGAGGAAGUUCUCGCGCAAGGACGACCUGAUAUUCCGCAUCAAGGAGGCGUGGUCCCGCCUGCCGCUCGACCUGAUCACCAACCUGUACAGCACGCUGCCGGAGCGGAUCACGGAGCUCUACUACACGCAGGGCGUCUACACGAAUUGUUGACAUCGGCGUAGAGAGCAACCAGUGCGGCAGGCGGAUGAGGAUCGAGUUCCUGCCAAAAACCGGAGAGCAGCAGCGAGUGUGGAAGCAAAUCUUUAUAUACAAUUUAACUUAACUUUUUGUGUAUAGCUUUAAGAUGUGUGCAAAGGAGGA